AUGAUCGAUCCAAGCUCAUCCGAAGAAGACAGUGAGGACGAACACAAGAAACAGCCUUCUAAGUUACCAGUACCACCUGGUGCAUUAGCAGGAGGACGGCCAUCAGUCCGAGGGAAACCAGAAUUACCGCGCGGGUCCACUGCUGGCCUACCAGGAGCUAGUCCCCUCACAACCGCCCCCCUCGCCGCGCCGCUACACCCCGCCACUAGACAAAGGGAGCAAGCGGCGCUCGCACCGCCACAACAUGCGACCUCGACGGGGAGCGCCAGCUCGGGGGAGGCGCCGGCACCCUCACCCAGUCCCUCGGGAACUAGUCACUCUGACAAGGAUCAAGACCCUCAGGAGAAAAUAGAAAAACUAGAAGAGGACAAGAAACGUCGUUUACAACUAUACGUGUUUGUGUCCCGAUGUGUGGCUCAUCCCUUCAACGCUAAACAACCGACCGACAUGACGCGGCGACACACUAAGCUUACUCCGCAUCAGCUAGAGACUAUACAAGCCAGAUUCCAGGCCUUCCUCAAAGGAGAAACUCAGAUUCUCGCUGACGAAGCGUUUCAAAACGCCGUUCAAUCAUACUACGACGUGUUCCUCAAAUCUGAAAGGGUAGAACAGAUGGUCAAGUCUGGGGCUUGUUCGCAUCACGACUUUCGAGAAGUUUUCAGAAAUAAUAUAGAAAAACGAGUCAGGUCUUUACCAGAAAUAGACGGACUUAGCAAGGAAACAGUGUUAACAACGUGGCUUGCUAAACUUGAUUGCAUUAUGAAGGGAACAGGUAUCCCAGGAGACGAUGACUCCAAGAGGCCCUCCCGCGCUCAGCAACAGAGCCUGAACGCUGAGUGUAUACUGAGCAAGGAACAGCUGUACGACAUGUUCCAGCAGAUACUAGGAGUCAAGAAGUUUGAACACCAGCUGCUGUUCAACGCUCUACUGUUGGACUCCGCGGACGAGCAGGCUGCUGCUAUCAGAAGAGAAUUGGAUGGAAGGAUGCAGAAAGUCAAUGAGAUGGAAAAGAACCGCAAGUUGAUGCCGAAGUUCGUGCUGAAAGAAAUGGAGUCUUUAUACAUUGAAGAGCUCAAGUCAUCCAUCAAUCUGUUGAUGGCCAACUUAGAGUCGCUGCCCGUGUCCAAGGGCGGCGCAGAUUCCAAAUACGGUCUUCAUAAGAUCAAGCGGUAUAAUCACAGAUCGAAUGCUGGGCCAGACCCGAGUCCAAGGUUGAGUAAGCAGCUAUGUUUCAGAUCGCAAGGAUCUCUAGCGAACAAACUGACCGGCGAGGGAGACAGCGGCGACGUGGACACUCAGCUCACCAAAAUGGAUGUAGUACUUACGUUUCAGAUAGAGGUAGUGGUUAUGGAAGUUAAAGGUCUCAAGUCGCUGGCACCUAACAGAAUAGUUUACUGCACGAUGGAAGUGGAAGGAGGAGAGAAGUUACAAACCGAUCAGGCUGAAGCCUCGAAGCCAAUGUGGGACACCCAGGGUGACUUUAGCACGACUCAGCCAUUACCAGCGGUGAAGGUGAAGCUUUACACAGAAAACCCUGGAGUACUGUCUCUGGAAGAUAAGGAAUUAGGAAAAGUUGUAUUACGACCUACUCCGUUGUCUAGCAAGGCUCCAGAAUGGCAUCGCAUGACCGUGCCCAAGAACUUACCGGACCAGGAUUUGAGAAUAAAAAUCGCUUGUCGAAUGGAUAAGCCGUUGAAUAUGAAGCAUUGUGGAUACCUCCACGUUAUCGGUAAGGCUGUCUGGAGGAAGUGGAAGCGUCGAUACAUGGUGCUUGUUCAAGUGAGCCAGUACACCUUCGCACUUUGUUCGUAUAAAGAUAAAAAGUCCGAGCCCGCGGAGAUGAUGCAACUCGAUGGGUUCACUGUAGACUAUAUUGAACUGGCCAGUGCUCAACUGAUGGUCGGUCAAGAGUUGGAAGGCGCGAAGUAUUUCAUGAAUGCUGUUCGUGAUGGCGAGUCAGUGCUCAUGGGUGUAGGAGAUGAGAACGAGUGUCACUUGUGGGUCAUGGCCCUGUACAGAGCGACGGGACAGAGUCACAAGCCCACGCCUCCCACUACAUCCGACUCACAUAUUAAAAUUUUGGGUGAUGCUGACAAAGCUCGUAAACACGGUAUGGAGGACUACAUCCAGGCGGACCCGUGCCAGUUCGAUCAUCACCAACUCUUCACCACGCUACAAUCACUCACACUCAAGUAUCGUCUACAGGAUCCGUACUGUUCUUUGGGCUGGUUUUCACCGGGACAAGUGUUCGUGUUGGAUGAAUACUGUGCUCGUUACGGUGUGCGUGGUUGUUACCGUCACCUCUGUUACUUGUCCGACCUCCUAGAUGUCGCUGAGAGCGCCCAACAGACCGUGGACCCUACACUCAUGCAUUACUCCUUCGCAUUCUGCGCGAGCCACGUACAUGGGAACAGGCCUGACGGCGUGGGCAGCAUCACGGUCCAGGAGAAGGAGAAGUUCGCUGAGAUCAAGGAGAGGCUCAAGACUUUACUACAGUACCAGAUAACGAACUUCAGAUACGCCUUCCCCUUCGGCAGACCUGAAGGAGCGCUCAAGGCCACUCUGUCUCUCCUAGAACGUGUUCUGAUGAAGGACGUGGUGACUCCGGUCGCUCCUGAGGAAGUCCGCAGCAUGAUACAGACCAGCUUAGAGAACGCUGCGUUACUUAAUUACACUCAGCUCAGUCAGCAAGCUAAUAUUGAAGAGGAUCUUCGUGGAGAGACGAUGGUGACUCCGGCCAAGAAGUUGGAAGACUUGAUACAUCUGGCGGAGCUGUGUGUGGACCUGCUACAACAGAACGAAGAACACUACGCGGAGGUUUAUAACACAAAACCGGACUCUAGCGGUCAACAAAAUGCGUUCGCUUGGUUUUCCGAGCUGCUUGUGGACCACGCGGAGAUAUUCUGGGGUCUGUUCGCUGUGGACAUGGACCGGGUGCUGUCCGAACAGCCUCCGGACACAUGGGACUCAUUCCCACUGUUCCAGAUCUUGAAUGACUAUCUGAGGACCGAUGAGAACUUACGUAACGGUCGUUUCCAUGAACAUUUACGUGACACGUUCGCACCGCUGGUGGUACGCUACGUAGACCUCAUGGAGUCAUCGAUCGCUCAAUCAUUACACAAAGGAUUCGAAAAGGAACGCUGGGAGAUAAAAGGUAAUGGCUGCUCGACAAGCGAAGAUUUGUUCUGGAAGUUAGACGCGUUACAAUCCUUCAUCAGAGACCUACACUGGCCGGAGCCGGAGUUCAGAUCUCACCUGGAACAGAGAUUGAAGCUGAUGGCCAGCGACAUGAUGGAGACAUGCAUACAAAGAACUGAAGCUUCUUUCCAGGCGUGGCUGAAGAAGAGUGUGACGUUCAUGUCUACGGACUACAUCCUGCCGGCAGAGAUUUGCGCCAUGGUGAACGUGGCCCUCGACGCUAAGAACCAGGCGCUCAAGUUGUGCGCCGUGGAAGGAGUUGACAUCUACCAGUACCAUGCUAAAAUGGAUGCUCAGAUCGAGGCCUGCCUGCACGCGAUGUCCACGGGCAUGACCACGAGGCUGUCGGCCGUGUUGGACGCCACGCUGGCCAAGAUCGCGCGCUUCGACGAGGGCAGUUUGAUAGGGUCGAUCCUGACGAUCGCGAAUGUCUCCGGUUCAGGGAAGGACAUCGGCCAGGGAUACGUGAACUUUAUGAGGAACUCCAUGGACCAAAUCAGAUCGAAGGUGACGGACGAGCUGUGGAUCCUGCAGUUGUUCGAGCAGUGGUACUCGGUCCAGAUCGGCGCCAUCUCCACGUGGUUGGGAGAGCGGCCCGCGUUACAUCCACAACAGGUCGCCUGCCUCUCCAUCGUGCUCAAGAAAAUGUACAGCGACUUCGAGCUGCAGGGUGUGAUCGAUGACAAGCUGAACUCUAAGCAGUACCAGGCGGUGGCGGGCAGGAUGCACACCGAGGAGGCGACCUGCAGCCUGCUGCUGGCUCAACAGGACCAGGGAAGUGGAGACGACGGAGGUUCUGAAGAGGGAACCAGGAGCGGGAAGUCCAAACUGGAGGCGCUCACUGAAGACGCUAAACUGGGGAACGUUACCGCUGUUGUUGGAAAGAUGGGCAACAUGUUCGGUCGUGGUAUCGGCGAGUUGUCCACCAAGCUAGGCGGCGCGUCCUCGUGGUUCUAG